AUGCUUGUCGGAGAGGAAGAAGCGGUUCCACCCCGGCGUACUCACCGGUUGGCUUGGGCGUUCGGUGAGCUGGAUGGCCAUCCGAGUGGCUUCCACCAGGGUGUUGAACCUGGAUCCUCCGCAGUCGUUGGCUGCAAGAUCCUAAUUGAUUCCCUGGUAAUUCUUUGUCGCUUUGGCAAGAACAUCCUCACGGGCGGCAUUCUCGACCGGGGAGCAGAAGGAAAAGGAAUAGCCGCCUAUAUCAAUGGAAACGACGAAGCCGUCCCUUUGGUCAAGCUUUUCGCCCCUCCAGCAUACCAGUAUUACAUGCAGCAAUUGCACGAAGGUUGCAGGGAGAGCAGGAACCAUGCCCUACAGAUUUCACAAUCUGCACACACCCUGGACGACGCGUCAAUGAUCGGUCAUCUCCUUCAAGACGUGAAAGAUCAAGCCACGCAGCUCCUGGACUACCCGGUCAACAUCACGGCGAUCAGCCUCCCACGGGAUAUCGGCUUAGGACCGCACCGCGACCUCACGGCCACGAUCAUUGCAUCCAACGCCACGGCCGUGAAAUACGAGUGGGAGUUCCGUGAGUUCCUGCACACCGCCCGGUUGGCGUACGGGCUAGAUACGUGCCGGGCUCUGGGGAUCAGCGAGGCGGCCGACUGCGAUCUGAUGGAUGAGACGGCGGUGAUUCUGUUUGUGGAUUAUGGGCUGGAUGGAAGGUUGAAUCUGUAUGCCGGGCUGGUCGGUGAAACCGACGUUGACACGGAUGAUAGUGAGCUGUACCAACGAGGGCGGCAUGGGGAGUUUGUGGUGGUGGUGAUGGCGGGCGGGAAGGAGGAGGACGAUGAGGGUGCUCAAAAGCAACAGGACACGGUGGAGGAUCUCCGUCGCAUCCUUGACGGCUUUAUCCAAGAACAGAUCCUCGGGCCGGGUGACGCACAGUAUCUUCGGGCGAUCAUCAUCAGCGGAGACGCAUCGGAGGCAGCCAUUGACACCCUCAAACAAGCUCUACAACUGGCCAUCCCGGAGGAUCGGAGGCCCCUUGUCCGGGAUCAGGUGGACCCAUUCUGGGUGGGGGCCGUGGGGGCUGCGCGGCGAGCGAAGAUGCAUAUCGUCGAUCCGAGAUACAAUAUCACGGCGUUCGAGGAAUGGCUCCAGGACCUCGCGCGCAUGCACGACGAGCUUUAG